AAAACGGAUCCAGCUGUGUGCGGCUGUGCUUCUCCAUGAGUCACACUGCUCUGCUGCUCAGUAAACAAGCAGACAAAGAGAGAGAAGGAAAGAUGUCCGGUAUCAUGCUGCUGUUGGUAUCUUUGAGUUUGUGCUUGUGUCCGACCGACGGCGCAGCACGGAGCGGGAAAGUGAUCCAGCGGGACGCCCUGGAGCGGGGCCCGGUCAGUCUGAACGACAUGUUCCGCGAGUUGGAGGAGUUGAUGGAGGACACCCAGCACAUAUUGAAGGAGACUGUAGACCAGAUAACUACUGAGAGUGCUAAAUCAUCUUUAACGUCACUGGAUCUGCGUACCAACUACAACAAUGGGACAAAAAAGAUGGUAAAGGAUGAAGACAGAGCGGCUCAGGUCCUAGAUAAAGCUAAAAAGGAGACUAAUAAUAAAACAGGAGAGAUUCAUCUUUCACACAUCCAUAUGGAGAUUUCUGGCUUUUCCAACAUUGUGGAACACGAAUGCAUGGUGGAUGAGGACUGUGGUGACCUGAAAUACUGCCUGUAUGAGAUCGAAAACUCCAGGUGUCUCCCAUGCAUACCAACGGAUAUGCCCUGUACUAAGGAUGAAGAGUGUUGCUCAGAUCAGAUGUGUGUGUGGGGGCAGUGUACAGUCAAUGCCACCAAAGGAACAGAGGGAACUAUCUGUCAGGAUCAGAGUGACUGCUGGCCAGACCUCUGCUGUGCCUUUCAACGAGAGCUGUUGUUUCCAGUGUGUAAUCCCAAACCAGAGAAGGGGGAGUCCUGUCUGAGCCACCCCAACCUGCUGAUGGACAUGCUGGCCUGGAACCAGGAGGGCCCCCGUGACCACUGCCCCUGUGCUGACGACCUCCAGUGCCAACCUCAUGGACGUGGAUCUGUUUGUGGAGAGUAAUACUGGAGAUGGAGAGAGCAUGAGAAAGUUUCACAUAACCCCAUCCAGGAGCUAUAAUACCACAUUUUCUGAGCAUUCACCAAAGAAGGGCCCACCUGUUAAUCAACAGUUUAUAAAAGAUUAUAAAGUUGCUUCAGCACUGGACUUGCACUGUAUUAUUUAUGCCCUAUGACCAAUGUGUAUUAUAUAUCAUGAAGCAAAUAAAAGACUUAUUUUUAGUUUUGACUGAGAACCAAGAAAAGCACUAUUGUGGUAUUUACGGAUGUAAUUAUGGAGACAUAAGGGCUUACAUUUAUUUUUGGGAUGGACUGCAGCAAAGUGAGGCCAGCCCUAAAUGUGAAAGCCUGUCCAUGACUGACUGAGUGAUGAAGUUACACCAUUGGUCCAUUGAGUGUUGGAAUUUGCCUAUUGGUCAUUGCUCUUUCAAAAUGAAUAGGCAUGACCAGGGUGCAAUUUGUGAAAAAAGCAGAGGGGGGGAUGUUUUUGAUCAUGCACAUCAUCUUAUCCCUAAACUUAACUAGCUGUUUUGGUAACUUAAGUGUCAUCACCGCAUGACGCUCACUUUUUCUGGCUAUACUCCGCUACCAUUGCCCCUGAAAGGACUGUCAUCUGGCGGUGCCUGUACCUGGCUCACAUUCACCUAUUGGCGGCUAAACAACUGCCGCUGGUAGCCAGCUGUCCCGGAGCUCUUUAGCGGUUAAAUACAACCAGCAACUGUUGCUUGGAUUUUAUCGUUCUAUGGCACUAUGUGUUCACGUUACAUCGCUUUAGUUUAAAAUACUUAGGUAUUACUUAGGUAUGAUAUAUAUGGUCUAUUGGUGAAGUAGCAUUGAUGACUUUGAGGGGGGGUAUACAUUCUUUCCCCACCGGGGAUAAAAAUAACUCUGCAGAGGCAGGGACAUGUAGACCAUAAAGGGGGAAAUCCCAUGCAUCCCCCCCAACAAAUUGCAUCCUGGGCGUGACAGUGUUUUCGUUUUGCUGUUUAUUUACAUUAACUGGGAUACCAGGCCUUUAUUUGAAACAUGCUUAUAUUAAACACAGGCCUUUAUUUCUAUUUCACUCUGAUUGAUAUGUAUACUUGGUCAUAUUUUAGUAAAAGCUUUUUGUCUUAUCUUC